AUGGCCCGUCCAAAUGAAAUAAAUAUCGCCACUUCCAGCGAGGGUACUAAUGUCCAUAAGUUUUUCAGCAAAAAUGCGUUAACAGACAUGUCAAUUCAACAAGGUGAAAAAGUUGAGCAAGCAACUCCUUCAAGCCCGACAGAGAGUAAAUCCACUGUAAAGACAACCUCACUGCAUUGUAAAAGUCACUUUUCCCCUGAAGUAGUAGAGUACUCGUCAAAUGGAGUGCGAUCCUCCAUCAGAUUUGAUUUACCUCUCUCCUCUCCCUCCUCCUUCUCAUCUCUAUCAACGCUUACGUCAAUUUCGGGUUUGUCCAAUGGAAAUGUGAAGGACUCUACUGCAGUCCAUCCGUCUGCAAACCUUAAAUUCCUGCGCAGUGUUCACAAGCGCACAAAACGAAAACGAAGGCUUCGCAAAUGCCUGCGCAUCUUCCAUUAUAUUUUUGUUUAUGGUCUACCCAUUGGCGGAGUGAUUCUUGGCAUCGCUGGAAUCCUCUUAGGUCAUUUCCUACGCAUUGAACCCAUUUUUGUGGGUAGUUGCCUACUUCUCAUAACCGCCUUUGGGUUAAUGCUGCAGUCGUGUUUCUGGAAACGCAGUCUGCCCAACAAAUUCCGUCCCAAAGAAAUUCCAUUCAAUAUGCCUCAAGAUGACAGUUUAGUGUCAAGGUCCAAUGACCCGUUUGAUCAUGAGACCGAUAAGAGCGCUGGCUCAGACACUAGUGAACAGCCAGUCAAAUCGCCUGCUAUGGAUCCAGCUCAGGUUCGGCGGCUAAGCAUGGCGUUGAAUAGAGCCACAGCUGAGUUAUCCGCCGCCAGACAAAUCACCUCAGUCACUGGGGCCGGAAGCGGUGUUCUCAAUCUCGCACGUAGAUUGACCAUGGGUCCGAUGCAAUUCGGCGAUUACAGUGGUAUGCGGGAAUUGGAGUCCGGCAACGGAUGGAUUGCUGGUAGAUUCCCCCAAGGCGUACGACGAGGUCUCGCCUGGAAUGACACAGGCGCCUCCAGAUUUUAUGCAUCAAACUAUGAUUAA